UAUAACAAUAACAAACAUAUAUUUUGAAAAAAACAGCUGUUUGCAUUGUCGCAUUGUCAUUGAGUUGUUGUUGUUGUUGUUGUUAAUUGUUGUUAAUAAUGACAGAUAAACGUAGAGUAUUAAUGAUUUGUUUAGGAAACAUUUGUCGUUCUCCAAUUGCUGAAGCUGUUUUUGCUCAUUAUAUUAAAGAAAAUGGUCUUGAUAAUUAUUGGGAUAUUGAUAGUGCAGCAUUAAUUGGAUAUCAUACUGGUAAAUCACCAGAUAAUCGUGCAAUGUCAACACUGAGAGAUAAAGGAAUUAAAAAUUACAAUCAUCGUGCUAGACCUAUAACAAAAAAAGACUUUGAUAAUUUUGAUUGGAUAUUUGGUAUGGAUGAGGAUAACAUUGAGGAAUUGAAUCAAAUGAAACCAGCUGGAUGUCGAGCCAAGAUUGAACUUCUUGGAUCUUAUGAUCCAAAUGGUGAAAUUAUCAUUCGUGAUCCAUAUUACGAUAACAACAGUGCUGGAUUUGUUAAAGCAUAUGAGCAGUGUGUCAGAAGUGUUCAGGCAUUUCAUCAAAAAUACAAACAUUAAUAUUUAAUAUUGUCUCAUUUGUCUCUUUAC